UCUCCGACAGGGUUGCGCGUGCGCACCAAGGUGUGACGUCACCUCGUCCUACCGCUGAGCGCGCUGCUCCUUCCGGCAUCCGUGUUUACGAAAACAUGGCGGCGCAGUCAGACCGCGGCGUCCCGUUGAGCACGCUUUGUCCCAAGUUUCUUCACACCAACUCCACCAGCCACACCAGGCCCUUCAGUGCCAUAGCUGAGCUCAUAGACAAUGCCAUUGAUCCAGAUGUCAAUGCCAAACAGUUCUGGAUUGAUAAGACUGAGGUUAAAGGAGAAAUAUGCCUCAUCUUUAUGGAUAAUGGAAAUGGACUUGACCAUGAAACUAUGCAUAAGAUGCUCAGCUUCGGGUACAGUGAUAAGACUGCUGUAAAUGGAGUAGCGCCAAUAGGUAUCUAUGGCAACGGCUUCAAGUCUGGAUCCAUGCGUCUUGGCAAGGACGCCAUCGUUUUCUCCAAGUCAAAGAGCACUUCAUGCGUCGGGAUGCUCUCUCAGACCUACCUGGAAAAGAUCGACGCAAACCAAAUAGUUGUGCCAAUUGUCAGCUUUGGACAGGUGGAAACCAGCAGAGCUUCACUCCCGGUACGAGAGGAGGACAGAGGCAGUCUGCAGGACAUCCUGCAGUAUUCCCCUUUCACAACGCAGAAGGAGCUUCUUGAUGAGCUCAAAGCCAUCAGUGCCACAGGAAAAACUGGCACCAAGAUUAUCAUCUGGAAUCUCCGCAGGACAUCUUCUGGAACAGUAGAGUUUGAUUUUGGGAAGGACCGUUAUGAUGUCAAAAUUCCAUCUGAUCUCUAUGAGUCUGAGAACGGCCCUUAUGGUGGGGUCUCGUCAUACGUGCCUGAGUGUGUUUACUCACUACGGUCAUAUUGCAGUAUUUUGUACAAGAAGCCUCGGAUGCAGAUCAUCAUACGUGGUCAGAAGGUGCAAUCUAAGCUCAUCGCUAAGAGUCUGGCCCACACCAGAAAGGACCACUACACGCCUAAAUUCCUGAAAUGUAAACGUAUUCCCAUCAUUUUCGGGUACAACACCGAAAGUAAAGAGCAGUAUGGCAUCAUGAUGUAUCACAAGAAUCGCCUCAUCAAAGCUUACGAACGCGUGGGCUGCCAGAAUAAGGCCAACAACGAAGGCGUUGGGGUCAUUGGCAUAAUAGAGUGUAACUUUCUUAAUCCCACCCACAACAAACAGAGCUUUGAUGAGACGGAUAGUUACAGGAAAACUAUAAUCAGUUUGGGGAUCAAACUGGAGGAGUACUGGAAAGAAAUCCGCUUCAAGUGGACCAAAGAAAAUCCUGACAGCAUCAAGUCGGUGGAGGACACCACGAAGCGACCAGAUCAAAACUGGGUGCAGUGCAACGACUGUAUGCGCUGGCGCAAACUCCCCGAUGGGAUUGACUGCAGCAAGCUACCAGAUAGAUGGUUCUGUCAUAUGAACCCUGAUCCUCAGUUCAGGAGCUGCCAGGUAGAGGAGGAACCAGAGGACUCGGACGAUGACAAACCUUCGUACUGCAAGACCUAUAAACAACAAGAAAGGGAGGUCAAGAAAAGACAAAAAACUAUCCAUUUACCUUCGAAUCCCACUACCCCAAGGAGUACGUUUAGCACUGAUUCACGACAAGGGGUUGCUUCGAGUACUAAGUCCGCUGCACUGAGGCCCUUGAACAUUGCACCAGUUGCUUGCAGCCCCUCCAAUGACCUUCCAGUUAUUUCUAAUGUACGCUCUCUGGCAGCAGCACCCAAGAGGGGGAAAAGAACGCAGUCUGUAAGUCAACAUGUUCCAUGUGGCGUUCCGCCCAAAAUACCUUGGAAAGGGAGGAGGAGUAUCUCACCACUGCGACCGUCACUGGGGGAUGCAAGCCCACUGUGCUCCCCAUCAGUGUCUGAGAAAGAUGACACUCGUGAAAAUGAUGAUGACAUUGUCAUCUUGGAGGAUGCCAGCACGCCGAAGCCAAACAAUCCAUGCCCUGCUUUGGACAAAGUGAAGACAGAGAAAGAGCCAAUUGAUUCCAAUGUCUGCCUGGUGUUGGAGUGUAGCGAUGAUGCUACCAUGGACGGGGCCUCAGAGAAGAAUGCUGCGAGAACAAGCUCGACUGGGUGUCCGGCUGUCGGAGCUGAGCCCUCCCCAGCGCCUCCUCCAAUGCUGACCAGCAGCAAAACCCAAACAGAAGUACCCAAAAUUAAGAAGGAAGAGACGGAUCAGAAUCAGAGUGAAGGGGAGGGAAGAGCCGAUGAGAGUACAUCUAACUUGAAUCGUACACAUGUGGACGCCGCUGAGCAAAGUGUAAUUAAGCAAGAAAGUGUUGACCAAGAACAGCAAACCUUGCAGAACAUAGUGACACAUCAUCUGGAACGUGGCGAAGCUGCAGGACCUUCUCGUGUAGACGGAAACCUUCCACUUCCCCACCCCAGCAUAACUGAGGUACAGGAACAACAAGACCAGCUCCUGGAGAUAAUGGAGGCGACAGCACAGGAGAGAGACUCCUUUAAAGAACAGGUCAAUAUACUUACCUGCCAGCUGAAAGAAAUGCAAAGCAGACUGCAGGAGCUGUCUCGGAUCAAUGUAAAGGUGACGUGCUCUGACCAGGCCAGCCAGACGGUGAAGACGGAGGAAGCGGAGGGGGUGAAUGACUACAAAAGUCUGUUUGAGAAGGCCAAAGAAAAGGUUGAUGAAUUGAUUAAGGACAAAGAGGCGUCGCUGGCAGCUGCUAAGAGGGAUCCCAGUCCUGGUCAAGGUGAUGAAGGGGACAUCGAUGAGAUUGCACUGCAAGUUGACUCUCUGAUGCGGGAACUGGAUCAGAGAAACAAGGAGAGGGAUGAACUGCGCUCACAGUUGGUCCAUCUAGAGGAGGAAAGGGCAAACAUGGCAGCCCAGUGUGAAGAGCUCCGGUCGAGACUGCAGACGCAGAGGGAAAACGCUCAAAACACAACAUUCUGAAGUCUGAUCAAGCUUCAGCAGAACAUCGGGCGCCUUCUCGUCACCCACGUGCCUCCUCUGGACCCUGACAAGGUGAAUUACGAGUGCGAUGUGAUUGAUGAGAUCCUUGAAAAAUUGUGUCUGAGAUGGGGCAGAGGGAUUACCAAGACAUCACAUCCACUUGUUGCAUUACACCUUUAGAUAUUUUAUACAGAUUUCUAUGGGGUUCGAAAAAAAGUUUUAUAUACCUCCAUGUAUGUACAUAUGUAUAGAUUUUAUAUUGGUGCAAAAGAAAUGCAGAACACAUUUAACUACUAUUGCUUCUUUAACAAAAUGAAAUGUAAACAAUCACAGCAGUACAUCAAUGAAUGUUAAAGGCCACAGACUUUGAUCUUUCCAAAUAAUAAAAAUACAUUUUAUCAUG